AUGCCUUUGAAAGGUGCUAAAGGGGGCACAAAGGAUUCAAUUCACUUUGUCAAUGCCCGCCCAACCUCGGAAAAUGAGAAGCUGAGGAUACAGCGCCUGGUGAGGGCGCAUGUGGGAAAAUGGAUUUCCGACCAGACCAAGGACCGUUCGGCGGCAACAGAUUCUUCGGACUCGAACCCGAAUCGCGAGAAACCCAGUGAUCCAGCGUCGCAGAUCGUCGAAAUAGAUACUGACGAAACAUUAUUCCCUUCAUCCUCGUCGCCGUCUGUCGGGUCUUCACGCGAGUCACCCGAGUCUACCAUCUCUCGCAGCCUGUCCCUCUCCAUCCGUUCCGCUUCUCAUGUCCCCCUCCCAGCGGUAGCCUCCUCUCACAACCAAGAACCGGCGCAAGACGACACUGAAAGUCAUUGCGAUUACAAUCCGUGUCGAUUGGUGGUGGAUGCUGUGAAUCAGGAAAGUACUUGUUCUCCGGCCCAAGAAAAUAUCCCUUUUGCUGGGUCCAUCAAGGCCAUGGGCGGUGACGUCUUCGAUCCUUUUCACACCUACCCGUCGCAUUAUACUCCCGAAGCCAUUAAUGCUUGUGAAAGAUACUGCAUAGACGUUCUCUGGCCCAACCUGACUCCCCCAACUCCCGGAGAACGCGGCAUUUCCGCCAUUAAAAGCUGGCUUCCUCUUUCAUUGUCCGAUCCGAUUUUGUUUACUGCCUUUUUGUUUGGUUCACUAUCACACCGGCGUUGUCAAUGGAUCAACGGCCACAUUCCGGACGGGGCAUUUCGGCCUCGCGAUCAGCGACUCCUGCAGCAGUGUGAAUAUGAAACCAUCAGCCUGGUCAACAAGGCUUUUAGUGAUCCUGAUCGCAAUCGAAUUCUUGGCGAUUCUAUCAUACUGAGUGUCAUAUGCAUGGCUCACAAUAUCGCCGAUGACAACGAUCGCCGAAGGAAUCGAAACAUCCCAUUCACACCCCCCUUAACGCGGCUACAAUGGCUCGACGUCUAUGCAAGCUUGCCACCAAACCUUGUCCACUUGCGGGGCUUGAUCGAGCUGAUCAACUUACGGGGUGGCUUGAAAAAUAUCACGCUGCCGGGGGUAGCCACUACCGUAUCCUUCUCCGCGAUUCUGACUGCAAGCUAUCUGCUUUCGAAGCCUUUAUUUGAAUACAUACCGCUCCAUGCGCCACGACAAGGCCUCAAUUUGCAAGAGCUACUAGGAUAUACCUCUCUUGACGUGCAGCUCGGAUUUGGCCGGUUGCGUCAGAUCGGCUUUACCCCGGAGAUGGCGGAUGUCUUUCAAGCUCUACGGGUCUACACGAACAUCGUCAUCGAACACAUGAAGGAGUCCCAGCCAAACCCGGAUCUUUCUCUUAUCUGUGACCAGCGCAAUCUGGUUCAGUACCACCUCCUCAGUCUCCCCUCUGCCAGCGACCUCGCCAGCUGCUUCCCCUCCCGACAUCAUGAAACCGUCUAUGAAGCCUGUCGUCUAGCUGCUCUCAUCUACGCCGUCGGUGUCACCUUCCCUCUCCCAUCCCAGUGCACGCCUCUUCCUCGUCUUGCAAAGCUCGUCCACGAGGCUCUGCAGACCCCCGACGCGCCCUUCAUCUGGGCGCAUUCCCAAGCCCGAGUCGCCCUCCUCUGGAUCCUGACGCUCGGUGGCAUCGCGGCUGAGAACCUCCCAGAACGGGAGUGGUUCGUACACACCCUGCGGCAAGCUGCUUCGAAUCAUGGGAUAUGUCGCUGGCCUGAUUUGAAGGCUGUGCUUGAGUUCAUGCUCUGGUAUGACGCUGCCUGCGAUCAACCGGGGCAAAUCCUGUGGCGUGAAGUCGAGAGGACGUUUGUGAGUCCUUGA